UCUUUCUCAAUGUGUGUGUGGGUUUGGCCGCAGCCCACUCGGUGCUCUUUGACUUCGCUGGCCUUAUAAGGCAUCCAGAGCCAUGGCAACUGCAGGGCUUGAAUAGCAGUGUCAAAUCCCUCAGCACACAGACACACGCUCACUCUCCCUAAAGGAGGGAGCGAAGCGGAGGAAGAGGAGGCUAUCUCUGCCGUGGCUCGAACAGAAAAGGAGCGCUCUGUGUUUUCGCUAAUUUAUUCCUGCCAAAGCCGGCUGGAAAAACCGGGGAAAAGGACGAUCAGAGAGGAGCGCAGCAGUAAAACCCUGAGUCUGUGACAGCUGAAGCGGGGACGUUCUGGCCUCUGGAUGUUACUGCAGGAUGGACAAGCUCUGAGAAAACAAGACAACAGAGACAUGACUUUGGGAAAGGGGAGCAGACUGUGACGGAGGAGAUUUCUCAACUCAGCCUUUGUUUUGGCUUGUUUUUUCUCUGACAUUUGAUCCUCUGACCCCAUUGGCUUUGAAGGAGCAGAAGAAAACAGAGUUUCGUCAUAGAGGGCAGAGCAGGAGGACGUCUUUGGUGAACUUUGCUACUCCAGAAACCAGCUGAGUCAGAAGAAUUAGAUAGUUUCCAAAAACAGAAAAGCAAAAGAAUAAAACACUUUUAUUUCUUUUAGCCAUCUGUGUGCAUUUCUGAAAAAGCCUCAACAAGUUAAGCGUGCGUCUGGACUGGAUGAGCUCAGAUCAGAAGAUAGCACCUCAGCACGGCAGGAACUGGUUGGACGAGUUUAUAAGUUAGAGGAAAGGGCAGGGCAGUUUAACCCUGCCUGAAGGAGAACUGACUGGGUUUUAUUUUUCUAUCACCUGCUGGACGCUUUGAGGGAAAGUGCUCUCCUGAAAGAGAAGAGAGGAGGCAGAUUUUUUCCAGUAUCUGCGACCCUUUUCAUCAUGCUCAAUCAUAGGUGAGGUACUUUCUUCGUCCUUUCACAGCCGGGGUCGGAGAAAGCGGGUGAGAGGGAAGGAGAAAGAGUCAAAGAGUAAUUUAUUGUUUCCUGUGAAAAGAGCAGGGCUGCACCCUUUACUCCUGCCUGAACUCUGAACCACUUAAUGCGCGUCUGAAGUUUCUCUCUGAGCUCAAGAGCCAUUGAUCAGAGGUCAGGGCUGAACAAGAGGCGAGAGAGGGAGCGAGCCGAGGGAUUAAAGAAGGAAGAGGAAAAAUAUCGCAGAGGAAGGACCUCCGGGUCAGGACUGCCAGACGGCGAAGGGGAUAAAGGUCAACGCAGGCGAAUCGGGACAACUUCGUCUCCUGUUUUCAGAUCUUCCAGGACGAAGUUGCUCAAAUCCAAACCAGGCGUCGCAACCUCGGAGUCUGAAACCAGUUCUUCAAACUUUGAAAGGGGGGCAACGUGAAACCCGGCUGAGACGGCGAAGGGUCCGUGUAUGAUCCUCUCACGGGGCGGCGCGUCUUUGAGAAUAUGGCCAUGGUGAGCGGGGGAUGGGGCAACCCCAACGGGGACACCAACGGGCUGGGAGACAAGGCGUACCUGAGGAGGGAGGAGGACAACGACUCGCCGCAGGCCGGCAGCAGCGACGUGGACGUGGGCGACGAGGACAAGACCUGCGUGGUGGACUGCGUGGUGUGCGGGGACAAGUCCAGCGGGAAGCACUACGGCGUGUUCACCUGCGAGGGCUGCAAGAGCUUCUUCAAGAGGAGCAUCAGGAGGAACCUGAACUACUCCUGCAGAUCGAACAGAGAAUGCCAAAUUGACCAGCAUCACCGUAACCAGUGCCAAUACUGCCGUCUGAAGAAGUGUUUCCGCGUCGGGAUGCGCAAAGAAGCUGUCCAGCGGGGUCGAAUCCCUCCGUCUCACUCAGGUAUCAGUCCGAACUCCCUGUCUGGAGGACCUGGGGGUCCGGGCCCGGGUCACAUCGGGGCGGACUACUUCAACGGCCAGCCGGUGUCGGAGCUCAUCUCCCAGCUGCUUCGGGCCGAGCCGUACAGCAACAGCCGCUACGGCACCCCCUACGCUCAGACGCAGAUACAGGCGUCGGCGAGCGGCGCGUCCGUCAUGGGCAUCGACAGCAUCUGUGAGCUGGCUGCCCGCCUCCUCUUCAGCACCAUCGAGUGGGCCAGAAACAUCCCGUACUUUCCAGAACUCCCCGUCUCAGAGCAGGUGGCGCUGCUGAGGCUGAGCUGGAGCGAGCUGUUCAUCCUGAACGCGGCGCAGUCCGCCCUGCCGCUGCACAUGGCGCCCCUGCUGGCCGCCGCCGGCUUCCACUCGUCCCCCAUGUCCGCGGAGCGCGUGGUGUCCUUCAUGGACCAGGUCCGGGUGUUCCAGGACCAGGUGGACAAGCUGAACCGGUUGCAGGUGGACUCCGCCGAGUACAGCUGCCUCAAAGCCAUCGCCCUCUUCUCUCCCGACGCGUGCGGCCUGUCCGACCCGGCCCAUGUGGAGUCGCUGCAGGAGAAGGCGCAGGUCGCCCUGACCGAGUACGAGCGGCUGACGUACCCCAGCCAGCCGCAGCGCUUCGGACGCUUGCUGCUGCGCCUGCCGGCUCUGCGCGCCGUGCCGGCGAACCUCAUCUCUCAGCUCUUCUUCAUGAGGCUGGUGGGCAAGACGCCCAUCGAGACGCUGAUCCGAGACAUGCAGCUGUCGGGGAGCUCCAUCAGCUGGCCGUACGCGGCGGGACAGUGAACGACCCGCCGGGUCGGAGAGAGACGGGCUGAGGUCAGACUGUCGGGAGGCGUCGCCAUGGAGGCGAGCUAGUGCUGGGCGGCGGGGCUGAAAAAUUWAAUCUACCAUUUUUUUCAUACCAGAUCCGAUUUCCGAUUUUAAUUGAUUUUUUUCUUUAAACAAAAAACAAACACUUUUAAGAAGCAGCUUUUGCUUCAGUCAUUCAUUCUGUUGGUUGUAYGGCAGAACAUUAGUGCCAGUUUAUUUACAGGAAAACAGUCAUAAUAUCAGCAGAAUAAAGACGCAACUUUACUAGUAAAACUUAUGAGGAAAAAAAGUUAUUUUAAUAAUAAAGCUUGGAUAUUUUCUUGUGUUGUAGUUCUGAUAAAACUUCAUCCUCCUAAUAUUCUGAUUUUAUUCUCAGAAUAUCUCAGAAAAACAUCUUAGCCUGACCCAUAUCACCGUAAAAUUGACCUGAAUUCAUGGUCCAAACAAACAGAAGCAGUAAAACCCGUUCGUCAAACAAGAUGGCGGCUCCUGGUGAGAUUACAUCACUCUGAACCACUUGUGUCAAACUCGAGGCGCGUGGCCAAAUCCGGCCCACCAGAAGUAUUUUUGUGGCCCUUUAGACUCUUAAAUAUAAUUUUAUCAGUCAAACAAAAGUCGUUUUUAUCUGUAUGCUGCCAAAUUACAUGUUCAGUAUUAUUUAAUUUCAACUUCCAGCUUUUUAUUAACAGUUUUACAGUUUGUUAAUGGAUUUUGUUAAUGCAUUCUGCCAGAACCGGCUCUUUGAGGACGUUGGUGAUUUUGAUACGGUCCAAAAUGAAAAUGAGUUGAACCAAAAGAGUGAAAUGGUGAAAAACAAAAGGUUUUCCAAAUAUUAAAUGCUUAAAAAUCGCUUMAUCGCCCAGCCCUACUCUGGUUUUCAGGUCCUGAUCUUGUCGUUACGGCAGUGAGGAAACGGCGGCGCGUUCCUGCAGCGCUGUCAGUGGCGUUCCCUCCUCUGGCUUCGUCUCCCUCUGAGCGAACAGGGCCGCCAUUAAACUGCUCUCUCACAUGAGGCCAUGUGCCUCCUCUACCUCCUCCCAUAUGACCCCCAAUGUGACUCCAGCUGAACCCGGCGCUGUGUGCUCUCCUGUCUGUGUUGUCCAGUCUAAAUUAAGCCAUAGCAGCCAGAUCAAGGCUGGGACGUAGGGAUCACAAAUACAGGAGAUGUAAAUACGAGUCAGUGCURUGGAGAAACUAUUCACCCCCUUACAGACUGUUUUGGUUUUGAAAAGCUCAAUUGUUCGCUGYAAAAAAAUCUAAAUAUAACCAAGUAUCUUUGUUCUAGUUUCUAGUGCAAAUCCUUAGMGCAGUUGGAAUAAGACAAAAGUGACUUUUCUGCUUGAUUUUAGUGAAAAUKUAUUAAUAAAAAGUGCAAGUUCCCCUGACAGAUCAUUUCAUUUAUUAAUAUUGUUCCCGUGUUGUAAGUGAAAUAAUCCAGUGGAACCAGACCUUUGUAUUAAUAUUCAAGAACUAUUGACUUAAAACAAGCUGAAAAGUUUCUUUUAACUCUUCUAGACUGAACAGUCCGGUGACGAUCCAGCCAAAUUUACAGUACCGUAAUUCACUUUACACUAUCUGAGAAACUCCAGCGGUUUUGCAGUGUUUGCUUUCUCUAAACCUACAAAGAUGUWGAACAAUUAGAGCUGCUCUUAACUGAGAAACAUGAUGUCUGCAGCGCUUUAGAUGUUGCUUUGUGACGUCCUGGAAGAGUUUUUGAAGUGCUUCUCUUUGGCCUGUCAUUGCUAGGAAGGUUCACCACGGUUCCAUGUUUUCUUCAUUUGUGGUCAGUGUCUCAUAUUCUGGGUUUCUGGGGUUCAAAAGCCUCAGAAACGGCUUCGUAACUCUUUCCACRCUGACAGAUGCCAGGCUUUGUUCUCAUAGGUAAUUUCAUUAGAUCGGGGCAURAUGUGCAGCUUUUACACAGACAUGUUCUGUUUCACUCAUUUCUUGACUCUUUGGRUCUGAGCUCGGCUUUCUAGUUAAAUCAUGAUUCAACAAGUUGCGUCAAAACUUUUCUCCAUUCGCCCAGGCUGCUACAGAGUCUAAAAUUAGCUUCUUAUGAUAAUGAAGAGGAAAAAAAUCAGCUGUAAGGAGGGGAUUUUGUUCACAGCACUGUACAUAAACAAAAAGUGUUAGCUCUACUUUUUUUUUUUUUGCAAAUACCUUAGCUUUUUAUUUUCUAAGACGGGGACCUGUCGUGUUUCUCCGCAAUGAUGCGAAUGUAUUAAACGUUAAAACACAGCCUGGUUGUUCAGACAGUCACAUCCCUGUGGAUAUUUUUAUUACCUCAUGUUUUCUUCACCACAGACACAGAUUGUGCGGUGAACUUACUGAUGUGCUCAUGAUAAAGGGAUCAACCGCGGCAUCGGAUUUCGCCUGAAGCAUCUUUGAGGAACCUUUAAACCUCACCUGGGAUGAAACAAGAUGGCCGACUCAAGUGAAUCUUUUUAUGAUGACUCUUUGCUACCUGGAUGCUGUUUCCUUUGCUUUUAUAAGUGUUGAUUUAUUUCUUCCCCGCUUUACUCCCCCUUUAAGAGAUGAGUCGUCUCCAGACAAUUAUUAUGAUGAUGAUGAUGAUGAUGAUGAUGAUGAUGAUGAUGAUGAUGAUGAUGAUGAACGGUACGUUAAUGUUUAGACGUGGCUUUAGGAUCCAGGUACUUCAUAGUUCAUAAAGGCUAUGAACUGCAGCUCAGUGAACAGAAACUCUAUUUUUGCCAAACUAAUAAUUGAUGAAACAUGUUUUGGUGUGACUUAUUUUUCCUGCUAUAAGAUUUUUAAAAAGGCAGUAAGAGCCGUGAUCCCUGGUGCAUCAGUUUGUUUAUUUGUUAGUAUUUUGACUUUAGUGAUUUAACUGUGGCAGUAGAUUUACAUGUAAACGAAUCAUGUUUCAUGCCAAAACUAAAAACUGCUAAAGAAGUU